AUGCACGAGGUCUCCACAAUGCCGCCGAUUGAUGCUGCAUCGAAGCUCUCCCCUCUACCAGUCACCAAACUGCCCGCACUGGACGUUGUCGACCAAUAUGUGGUAGGCCGGAAGUGUGCUCCACGUGGACGCAGUGAUGCGAUUGAGCUGCAGUGCAGCUCAGACAAGUCACUGGCCACGGAGAUUAUCCAGGGCUAUGCAGACUUUAUUGCGCGGUUCACGGGCUUGGAAGAAGUUGCUUUCGUGGUUGCCCGAGGCUCGCUUCCGAGCGGAGAGUCGCAAUCAUCACGCACUAUAGUUCAUGCAACCCAAGCAGCAAGCCGACAUUCAUCGGACAAAGAUGGCACGCCGUUGUGCUCUUGGCGGGAAAUCGACUCUCCUGUUUAUAGAAAAGAAGACAUUCAGUUCGUCCUGGACAUAGACUGGGAAACCCGCAGUAAUGAACUCGAUUGUGAAACUGAUGAUUGCUUCACAUUGAACGUCAGGCCUGGCGGCACCGCAGAUCGUCUUGAGAUCUCGCUUUUAUAUCCACAGACCCUGAUCCCGCAUUUAGCUGUCUCUCAACUGCUAAAUGUAGUUGCAUCAUAUAUAUCGGCCUGCCAGAAUCGCACUGGUAUUGACUCGAGCAAUAUCCCCGAAUCUUCAAUAUUAAACUUUCCUUCUCUCGCCAAGCCACCGGCACGCAAUACGAAUUUAAACGAUGGCCCCUUUCUGCUGCACGCCGCCUUCGAGGAUUGGGCCGCCAGAAAGCCUCAUGCUCCGGCAUUGGAUUUUAUUUCUGCCUUUGACCAGCUGGGUACAGCCGCUCAGCACCAUACUUUGAGCUAUGGCGCUCUCAAUACCGCUGCGACAAAUCUGGCAAUUCACCUGCAAUCUUUAAUUUCUCCCAAAAAGGGGCCCCAAAUUAUUCCCGUAUACAUGUCUACAUCACCCGAACUUUAUAUCUCAUAUCUUGCAAUCCUCAAAGCCGGGUUCGCUUUCUCCCCAAUUCCCCUUGACGCUCCAGCAGAUCGCACCCGAGAGAUUCUCACCGAACUCCAAUCCUCAGUUAUACUGACCAUUGAGGAUAAGCUGCCAUCUGGCUCAUGGUGCCCAGAAGGCCUUUGUACAGACUUGGUUAAUGUGACUCAAGUAUCGCGAUGGAAAGAGCUCUCAAACCAGAACGAACAACCACUGGUGGAGGAGGCUAGAUUGAGCACCUUCCAUUCGCCAGGCAUUGAAGACACCGAGCUUGCCUAUCUAAUGUUCACAAGCGGCUCGACGGGCAAGCCCAAAGGUGUCCAGAUAUCGCAUCUAGCAGCUGCAUGUUCGAUUGAAUCUCACCUGUCUCAAAUUCCUCUGCCACGGGGAAACUUGCGUUGGUUCCAGUUCGCCGCUCCCACGUUUGAUCCCUCGCUUAUGGAGAUCUUUGUCACCCUGAGGAGCGGCGGAACGCUCUGCUCUGCCUCUCGAGACCUAAUAUUGACGGAUUUGGAGGGGAUUAUCAAUGAAAUUCAAGCUAAUAUUAUGAUGGCGACCCCCAGUCUAGCCGCCUUACUGCGGCCCUUCAAGUUGAAGACUUUGAAAUACCUUUGGACGAUGGGUGAAAAGCUGAAUCGAACUGUCAUCAACAAUUUUGGUAGUGAUGGAGUAGCAGGAGAGACAUCGACUUCGAACUUUACGCUGGUCAACGCCUAUGGUCCGACCGAAGGUGCAAUCAACUGCACAUAUUUAGCUCACAUUAAGCAUAACGUGCGCGGCUCCAUCAUUGGCGAACCUCUUUCAACCUGUUCCAUGUUUAUUUUGGACCCAAACAGCCAUGCCCCGAAGCCUAUUUUUGCUGGUUGCGCUGGUGAGCUUGCUAUUGGUGGUCCACAGGUGAGCAAGGGCUACAUGAAUCGACCAACAGAGACCGCCAAAGCAUUUGUCGACAGUGCCGAAUUCGGACGAUUGUACAGGACUGGUGACAUGGCCCGCAUUGUUUGGGACGAAUCCGGCCGUCAGCUCAUCGAGUUCUUGGGAAGAAUUUCCUCGGACCAAGUAAAACUUAGCGGUCGUCGGGUUGAACUUGGAGAGAUCGAGUCUGUGCUAGCCACUGUGAGCGGGGUCUCUGAGGUUGUUUGUGUAGUGUCUCAACGAGAGGCAGGUCGAAGUGGGAGUGAACAAGUCGUCGCCUGUCUUGCUCUCGCCGAAAGGUGUGAAAAUGACAAGCCGGAUAUUGUGGGAAAUUGUUCAAGUACCUCCAGUCGCCAUCUUAGCUCAUACAUGUGCCCAUCAGCAUACUUGUUUUUGAGUCACUUGCCUAGAUUGAGCUCUGGAAAAAUCGACCGACAAGCAAUAAAUGCUAUAUUGCAAAAGGAAGGCACGGAGUUGGGACUUUAUUAUCCUGAAACGGAUGUACCAGCCAGUGAUCAAAGUGAAUGGGAUGUUGCUGAUGAUUCUGUUCGUGCUUUGGUUAUACAAGCUCUUGCCGACGUUGUGGAGGACGAUACUUCGAGGAUAAUGCCGGAGACAAGCUUGUAUGCUCUUGGACUGGAUAGCCUACGAGCAAUGCGCCUUCUUCAGAAACUCCGGGACCAUUCAAUACAUGGCCUUGAUGUGGGCGAUGUUCUCCGGGCUCAAAAUCUCAAGACCCUUGUCUCUAGAUGUGCCGAGGCUGCUCGUUCUAGGAAAUCAGUACCCAACACAGAUUCUCUUGUGAACCUUCAUCAUAGCCUCGAAUCUUUUUCAGGCAAAAAUUUAUCCACCUGCGCGGACCGACUUGGAAUACGCGAGGAACAAAUUCACAAGGUCUUGCCGACAACGGCAACACAGUCGGGAAUGUUAGCAAGUUUUCUGCGCAGUUCAUCAGAGACUGAGAACUCUGCCCCUGCUUACAUUUAUCACUCUGUGAUUCCAGUUAGUACUGGUAUGGAUCUUGACCGAUUGAAAAAGUCUUGGGAUACCGUCAUUCAAAGCUACGAUGCAUUUAGAACAGUGUUUUGCUGGUUAGACGACGACAUGUCGCCUUUUGCGCAGUGUAUACUUACAUCGGAUGCAUUCUCUGAGCCUCGUUGGAAUACUUAUUCUGUCGUCCAAGGCGAAACAUCAGAAGAAAACACCGUCCAAUUGGCGCUUGAUAAUGCCGAACAAAACAUAAAUAUCGAGAAGAACCCUUGGCAAAUGUCCUCGGUCACUUCGGACCACAAAUCUUCCUUAAUACUUAGCAUGUUUCAUGGAAUUUUCGAUGGCGGUUCACUACAGCUCCUGCUGGAAGAUGUGUUUGCUAUUUAUGAGGACAGACCACUCUCAUCAAGAACAUCCUUAGAGCAUAUUGUGACACACCACUUUCAGGCCGAACAUUCAAGCACUACCAAGUUUUGGGAAACUCACCUGGAGGGCUAUUCGCCUGUUCAGUUUCCUGCUCUAACCGCCAAUCGUCCUUCAUCUUCGCCAAAAACCGAUGCUAUCGAAAUUCCUUCCGCUAUUGGCUACAACGAUCUAAAAAGUGCCUCAAAACUGAUGGGUGUCACAACACUAUCUGUUCUCCAAGCAGCGUGGGGAUCUAUCCUGCUGGCAUACUCUGGAACUCGAGACCAAGACGUCGUCAUGGGCAGUGUGGUAUCUGGAAGAUUAGAUGUUGAGUCCGAAAUCUGCAUCGGGCCCACUUUCACUACUGUUCCUAUUCGAAUUCCCCUGGCAAAAAUCCCAAAAACUGGAGAAAUCCCCGAUAGCUUGUCAGUGGCACGUUAUCUAACUUUGUUGAAUGCGGAGACAUUGUCCUAUCUUCAACCUCAACUCGGAUCAGUAGUUACGGCAGAGGGGCGUCUUCCGUAUGAUACUCUUCUAGCCUUCCAAGACUUCAACGGCGGAUCGAAUUCUUCCCAGGAUUUCUGGCCGUAUAUAGACCACCCUCCAAUGACCAAUGAUUUUGCUGUGAUGGUUGAAGUAUGGCCAAGUCAUGACUCGAGCUUGAUUCUCAGGGCCACAUUCAAAGACACAGUCAUGGACCAAAGUACGGCUAAAAUUAUGCUUUCUCAAAUGAGUAACAUUAUUGCCUCGAUUGUGAACAGACCGCAAGAAAACUUUUUGCAUACACCUUGCAUCGACGAUGCCGCUUUGAAGUCUGCACUUGUCCCGGCUGAGUUGUACCACAGUGAAAUUCCAGAUGACGUCUAUAUUCAUAGUCAGUUUGAGGCUCAUGCAAGAUCAAAUCCUGACGAUAUCGCAUUGCUCUAUAGAGCAGAUGUUCUUGACGAGACGAGUCCUACCAAUAUUUCUUGGACUUACCAUGAACUUGACUCAAGAUCUCAGUCCUUGGCGAAUUAUCUUAUUUCAGAGCAUGGUCCACUAGCAGGUUCUGUCAUCCCCAUGUGUAUCGAGAAGAGCCCUGCGCUGUAUGUGGCUCUUCUCGGAAUCCUGAAGGCGGGCGGAGCGUGGUGUCCCGUUGACGUUUUCUCACCACCACAACGUCGUCGUGACCUUAUAGCACGCACGGGAGCAAAAGUCCUCUUGACAUCUAGUAUUGACUCAGUACAACAUGAUACAUCUGUACCUGAUGGCGUCCAACUUAUCGACGUGUUUCGCUUCACCACUAAAUCGCAUUCUGUGCACAUCGAAGGAAACGACAUUGUUGACGCGCCAUUUGCUAAAUCAACCGAUUUGGCGUACUUGAUUUGGACGAGCGGUACAACUGGAGCUCCCAAAGGUGUUCCGAUUACGCAUUCUGCUGGGGUCACUAGCAUAAAAUCACUGCUGAAGGAAAUCCCGAAGAGCAUUAAUGGAAGUGUCCGGUGCUUGCAAUUCUCUCAAUACACCUUUGACGUCUCGAUACAGGACAUUUUCUACACAUGGAGUUGUGGUGGUGUAUUGAUCUCUGCACCUCGAGAAGUCAUGCUAGGCUCAUUUGCUCAGCUUGCCAACGUCACCAAUGCGACUCAUGCGCAUCUGACCCCGGCUUUCGCAGCUGGGGUUCAGAGGAGUGCUUGUAAGACCUUGGAAGUCGUAACAAUGAUUGGAGAGAAGCUUUCGCAGCCUGUCGCGGACGACUGGGGUCGAGAUAUGCGAGCAUUCAAUACUUACGGGCCAGCGGAAGUGACCAUUGUCUCAACUGUUCGUGAAUUCGGUAAUCAGCACAAGACUGUCAAAAGUGCCAAUAUCGGCUGGCCCCUUGGUUCCGUUUCAGCUUUUAUUCUUUCGAAUGAUAAGUUACUCAUGAAGAAUGCCGUUGGAGAGCUUGCUCUGGGCGGUCCGCAGCUCUCCCCGGGGUAUCUCAACCAGGAAGAAGUAACCAACGCAAAAUAUCGGUGGAACGACGAGGCCUCGCAGAUUCUUUACCAUACCGGAGAUCUUGUCCGUAUGUUAUCAGAUGGAUCAAUGGAGUUUAUUGAUCGGUUUGACGAUCUCGUGAAGCUCGGCGGCAUCCGCGUGGAGCUCAGUGAGAUCAGUUACACUCUCGGUAACUCGCACCCAUUGGUGGAAAGUGUCGAAACUGCUGUCAUGAAUAGGCCGGAUAGGCCUGUUAAAGUAGUUGUUUCCUUCUUGUCGGCGCCUGGUGCUGCGUCAAACACUGAACAGAACCAGAACAUUCUGCUUAACGAGACAGCCAUUGGAGUGGCUCGAUCAGCCAAAGAACGCGCUUCAGCAAACCUUCCUGCUCAUAUGAUUCCAUCUGUCUAUUUGGUUGUCCCGUCCAUCCCACGAACACAAUCUGCAAAAACAGAUAGACGUGCCCUUCAAAAUAUUUAUGCUAAGUUUGACAUAAAUCAUUGGGAGGAAUCAUUGAAACAGAUCGACGACGAAGCACCCCAGAUGGAUAUAUUGAAUUCCAACUCCCCUGAAACUAGAACGGUUAUCUCUAUUAUUUCCUCGCUUACUAAUGUCUCUGAAUCGUCGAUCACUGGACCUAGCCGUCUUGGAAGUCUGGGAAUUGACUCUAUCCGGGCUAUCAGAUUAGCAUCCCGCUUAAACGAAGCCGGCCAUCAGCUUUCGGUUGUCAGUGUCCUUCACUGCCAAACAGUUCACGACCUUCUGGCACUUGUGGAUUAUUCAUCCAAAAAGCUUGAAAGCAAUGGACUAUAUGACCUCGAGACGUUUAACCACCAAUGGUACAGUGUAACAGCCGCCGCGGUCUCGGACGAUUUCCUUGUUGCACCAGCCACGCCAAUCCAGGAAGCUCUUUUGAGUGAAACUAUGGGAACGUCAAGCAUGUACUGGAGUAAUCACUUUUUUGAGCUUGAGCCGUCAGUCGAUAUUGCAAGGCUGAAACAAGCCUGGCAUAAUGUGUGUCUGAAGAAUGAAGCCCUACGGACCGGGUUUAUUCCUCUUGCUGAGAUUCAAGAGCAAGUUCCCGGACAAUCGGAAAAUUUUUCCAUGUUGCAAAUAAUUUACAAUGAGGCUCAACUCGACUGGGAGUCCGUUCGAUGCACAGGAAAUGACUAUCGAGCGUUGUUGCAAGAAAGACUAAAUGCAAUUAUGACCACUCACCAAGACAGCUAUUUCAGACGAGCUCCCUGGGCAGUCACAGUAUUUGAUAACAAUGCGGAUCGCGUCAUGGUACUCACUAUUCAUCACUCUAUUCAUGAUGGUUCAUCCCUGGAGUUCAUUAGGGACGAUGUCCGCCAUGCCUACUCGUCAAAUGCCCCUUCGAGGCCUCAGUUACAGGAUGGCCUAUCUGUCAUUCUGUCCACAGAAGAAAAGAGGAAUGAAACUGAAAGCUUCUGGAAAGCCGAACUAAAGGAAUAUGCGGAUCUCGAAUUCCCUCUUUGGCCUAAUCUCACAGGGAAGAGAGCGAGAAGUGGGACGACUGAGCCACAGCGCAAAUUCAUGUCAGAAAGCAUUUUCCUGGCAGAUUCCACGUCCACUCUCCGUUCAAAGGCUGCCGACCUUGGCGUCUCAUCAAUUGCGUCUAUUAUAAGAGUUGCAUGGGGGAUUGUCUCCCUGAGCUACUUUGGUACUCCUGCAGCUGUGUUUGCUGAAACCCUAUCCGAUCGCGUGCUAGACGCAGACAUAGACAAGACCAUUGGACCGUUCAUCUCAGUUAUUCCAGUGCCUUUCCAUCCAAAGGGUACAGUGCGAGAGGUUUUUGUAGAACAAAACCGCCUCUCAUUGAAUUCCUGGAAGUAUCGCCAUGUUCACGCCCGUGAGGUUCGCAGAAUGUUGAGGAGGCCUCGCAGCGAACCACUGUAUCCUGGCAUCUUUACGUUUCACUCAACUAGCGAAAAACCAUCAAACCCAAACCCCCACAUUUGGACUGAAAAGGAAGAUGAACUUGGAUUGAAUGUUGAACAUCCGCUGGCACUCAAUGCUUAUGAGGAAUCCGAUGGUUCUCUAGUCCUGGAAGCGUCGUCUUUGGCAACAGUCAUGAGCCCCGAACAGUUGAAGCUGUUUGUUGGUCAAAUCGAAUGUUUGAUCGGGAUUAUGUUAGAACAUCCAGAUGCAUUAGUUACGGAGCUCUCUAGGUUCAUGUCUAGCGGUUUAUUGUCAGUUUCCAAACCGCAAGUCAGUCGCGAAGAAAAGGAAACAGUAACUUUGAGCCCAACACAUUUGUUCGAAACUCAUGCGGCUCAACACCCAGAAUGGACGGCCGUCGAAGUGGCAAGCUCAAUCACUGAGAGUCAUAUUCAAAAAGAGUUCAUUACGUAUGGCGAGCUCAACUCCAAAGCGAACAAAGUCGCUGCCUACCUUGAUUCACAGGGUUUUCGAAACAGGAUAAUCGCUAUCUGCGCUGGCCGGAACAUUCCCUCAUACUCUGUUACCCUGGGAAUAUUCAAGUCCGGGAAUGCCUAUUUGCCAAUCGAUGAAGGACUUCCAGAUGACCGCAAGGCCUUUUUGGUUGAAGACGGCAAUUGUCCCAUUGUUUUCACGGAAUCCGCGUUUGAGGAAACAUUUGCAAAUGUUCCAGAUUCGUGUCAGGUUGUGUGUUUUGACCAGUUAGCUUUUGAAAAUACAUUGUCAAGUAUGCCUUCGGAUCAAAAGGUGUAUCCUGUGAACCCUGACGAUACUUGUUACAUUCUCUACACAUCGGGUUCCACCGGGAAGCCAAAGGGUGUGAUAGUUACUCAGGCUAACUUUGCUUCUUUCAUGGAAUCAUUUUCUGAAUUUGUUUGUAGCGCUGCACCCGAUACUCUCAAACUCGGGGGAAAGGGCCGUUGGUUAGCCCAGGCCAGCAGAGCGUUUGAUCCCCAUCUUGCAGAAAUGUUCUUGCCAUGGCGGUUCGGCAUGGCAACUUGUACAGGGCAGCGAACACUACUCAUGGAUGACCUUCGAUCGACACUCGUCCAGUGGGAUAUAACACACGCAAGUUUCGUUCCCUCUCUUCUUGAUCAAACCAACAUUCUACCCCACCAUUGUCCCAAGCUGAAAUAUCUCAGUGUCGGAGGUGAGAAAAUCUCCCAAAGAGUGUUGGAUACUUGGGGUUCAGCCCCUGGAGUAGCUCUUAUCAACGCGUAUGGGCCUACGGAGGUCACUAUUGGGUGCACAUUUGCAAACGUGGACGAAAAUACUACUCUUAGGAGCAUUGGCUCUCCACUUUCCUCGUGCGUUUGCCACGUAUUGCUUCCUGGUACCUUCGACUAUGCUCUCCGCGGCCAAGUCGGGGAACUUUGUUUUACGGGAAGUAUCGUUGCAAAGGGCUAUUUGAAUAGACCAGAUGCCGCGGGCUUCGUGACAGAUCCGCAUGGUACGAAGAUGUACCGAACCGGAGACAUAGGGCGUAUGAUGCCGGAUGAUAGCAUAGAGUACCUCGGCCGGGGAGACGACCAAACAAAAAUCCGUGGGCAAAGAUUGGAGCUAGGCGAAGUAUCAGAAGUUCUUCGCCGCUGCUCUCAAGUUCCGAUUGAUGUUGUCUCCAUGAUUGCAAAACACCCGGCUCUGGCUAGGAACCAACUUAUCUCAUUUGUCGCCCGCGCAGAAAGUCGAAAGAUGGAUGAGGGAAUCGAUCUUUCGAUUGUUAGCUCUGACCUUACAACAAUGGCAAGGGAUCUCCAGGAUGCAUGCAAAAGCAAACUUCCCGGCUACAUGGUGCCCGAGAUUGUGCUUCCUGUUACACACAUUCCUCUGGCUGCGAUGUCCGGAAAAGCCAAUACUAAACAGUUGCAAGCUUUAUUCUGUGAUAUUCCACUACCUCAAAUUCUCGCUGGAAAUCACUAUUCCGGCAACAAAGCCUUGGAGGCUUCAAGCCGUGCACUUACGGUCGAUGAAGAGGCCGUUGUGACAGAGAUUUGUAGCACAAUUCCGAUAGACCGAUCAUCCUUGAAGCAUCAGACGAACAUAUUUGAAAUUGGAAUUGAUAGUCUUAGUGCAAUCAACUUGUCUGUCCGUCUUCGCAACAUUGGCUACAAUGCUUCGGUGGCUGUGGUCAUGAGCAAUCCCGCGGUUGAACAGCUUGCUCGCCUGCCAAAACGUUCGGAGCAAUCAUUCACACAUAUUUCUGAGCACGAGUUGAAGGAAAGGCUGUCCAGACUAAACUCUGAGUUUUUGAGCCGACCUCCAAAAGGUAUCGAUACGACUCAGGUAACCAUCAGACCAUGCCUUCCUCUACAAGAGGGACUCGUGGCUCGUUCGAUCAACGACGACAGCACGCAGCUCUAUGUCAAUCAUAUUCUGUUGAAGCUUAAUGAUUCUAUUGAUUCGACGGCGCUUAAAUCUGCAUGGCAGUCCACGGCAGACCAAAGUGAUAUCUUGAGGACUGCAUUCUCUGCACUCGAAUCCGAAAUAGUCCAAAUGGUUUUCGCGGCUGAGUACCAUCGUAUUCACUGGACAGAACAAGAAUUCACCAGCUUUGAGCAGGGCAUGUCAGAAAUAGAGAGCCAACGAGUAACUAUAUCCAGUGAGAUUAUCCAGAACAUCACAACGACUCCACCAGUACGAUUCCGGCUCGCCAAGUCUACGCAGAUUGGAAAUCCCUGGAUACUCAUGAUUUCCAUCCACCACAGCCUUUACGAUGGUGAGUCAUUUGUGAUGUUGCUUAAUGAUGUUGCAACUCGCUAUGCAAAUGGAAGUCCACCUGAGCGAGGAUCGCCGUCCACAUUCGUCGAGCAUGUUUAUUCACAGAACUUCGAAAGAUCCAAGACUCACUGGACGCGGGUCUUGUCCGGUUGUCAACCCACUCUAUUCAGGAAUGACGCUUUUGUUACCGAAAAAUCGGCUUUCUUAAAUCAUACACUUUCAAUAGCUCUCUCGGAUAUUGAAAGCUGCUCGGCUGGUCUUCGAGCGACUGUGCCUUCGUUCAUGCAAGCCAUUUUUGCCUUGUUACUUGCUGACACUGUCAAUACAUCGGAUGUAACAUACGGCCUCGUACUCUCCGGUAGGGCUGCGUCGGUCUCUGGUGCGGAGUCUGUACUUCUACCAUGUAUUACUACAAUUCCAAGUCGCCUCAAUACUCAAGAUAUUGGAACAGUCGAGGAAACAAUUGAAUAUGUGCAACGGGCCUCUGCCCUGUCUCUUGAGUAUCAACAUACGUCCUUGAGACAUAUCCAGCGCUGGGUCAAGUCGGAGACUCCCUUGUUUGACUGCUUAUUCUCCUUUAUUAAAACUGCAGAGCCGUCGAGUCACGGUCUCUGGGAAGAGUUGAACAGUGAAAUGCCGGCAGAUUAUCCUUUCGCAAUGGAAGUAGAAGCAGAUUCGGCGAGCAACAAAAUCCACAUUCAUAUCGGGUUCACACCGUCAUUUGGACAGCCAUCCCGAGCAGAAGACAUGGUUGGGAAAAUGGAUUUUGUUCUGUCGAAACUUAUCGCGAGAGAGUCAAUAUCGUUGAAGGACUUCAAUCUUUCAUCGCCUACUGGGUCUCGACCAGUUCAGAAAAAUUGGGAUGAUAACAACUGGUCGCCAGUAGAAGUUAAGAUUCGUGAGAUAGUGGCUCAAGUCUCUGGCUUGGAUGAGAAUGACAUCUCAAAGGGGACUUCUUUCUUGAGUCUUGGUAUUGAUUCGGUCACUGCAAUUCAGUUCUCUCGCAAACUUCGUGCCACCGAUAUAUCGGUGUCUUCGGCAGACAUAAUGCGUUUCUCUUGUGUGGGAGCAUUGGCUCUACAUGUUCACCAAAAGGCAUCUGAAACUGCUGUGGAUUCUCCAGAGAUCGUCAAUGUGGAUGUGCAAGAACUCAAAAAACAUGCAUUGCAGGUUCCCUUACUUAGCUCGACGGACUCGAUUGAAACGAUUUUCAAGUGCACUCCAUUGCAGUCAUCCAUGAUAACACAAACUCUGGGUUCGGAUGGAAGUGUUUAUAUCCACCCGCACGUCGUCAGGCUUUCUGACUUUGUAGAUACCGACAAGCUGAAGACCGCCCUUUCCCAAAUCAUUGCCGCCAAUAGUAUUCUGCGCACUUCCUUUCUGCAUGUUCUUGAGCCAGAAAAUUCAUGGGUUGGAGCAGUCCAUACUGACUUUCCUAUUCGUUGGCACGAAAUAACGCUUCCAGUUAAUUCCGACGUGAGCACUGAGAUGAUGAAAGUUUUGCAGUUGAACGAGGAAUCUGCAUUCUCUGUUCCACCGCUUCGGCCGGUGCUCAUCCACCAGGGUAAUGAGCGGAUCUUUGCCAUUAUCAUGCACCAUGCUUUAUAUGAUGGUGUUUCCCUUCCAUUUAUAUUUGACGACUUGAUACUCGCAUACCAAGAGUCUUCCCUACCGGAGCGUCAUCAGUUCGCAGAUGUUGCCCAUCGAUUAUUAGAAGGUCAAGCGGAUUCCUGUGAUUUCUGGGUUCAAAAAUUAGUUGGCUAUGACGUUGUGGAAUUACCACCUCUUCAAGAGGUGCAGUUCUCAGAAACUCUGUUCCUGUCUGAGUUUGUGGUUGAGCUUGGUACUCCUACCAUCCUCGAGGCUUGCAAGGCAAUGGAAGUUACAGUUCAAACCAUUGCUCUCUUGGCAUAUGCAAAGGUUCUUGCCAAAUUGUUUGGCAGAAAUGAUGUCGUCUUUGGCCAUGUCCUCGCGGGACGUUCGCUCUCCGGUGUAGAGAGUGAGCAUAUCAUCGGACCUCUUUUCAAUACAGUUGCUCAGAGAGUGACACUUGGUCCAAAACUUAUGAGCAACCGUGAAACACUACAAUACUUGCAACAGUCUACAACCGAUGCACAAGAUCACCAGCAUGCAUCUUUGCGCACUGUUCAAAACUCCCUUCGGCAGAUUGAUGGCUUUGGGGCAGCUUCGCUAUUUGACACUCUGUUUGUCUUCCAGAAGAGUGCACUGGCCUCGGGGGCCUUGCUGGAGGAAGAUAAGCUGUGGGCCCCUUAUGUGGAGGAGGAGGAUUCGAAUGCUUCACAGGUCGAGCACAAGCUAAAUAUCGAAAUUGAUCAUGGUGAUAACGCCGUGGUUUCCAGAGCUUCGUGCAAAGGUCAAUUUCUGACACACGAAAUUCUUGACAGUCUUCUGAAAGGUUUCAAUCAAGCUUUUUGUGAUAUCAUCAAUUACCCUACGCGCUGCGUGCUUGAUAUUCCAGACUAUUUUGACAGAAUACCGACGCUUAUCGUAUCGUCAAGUUCAAACGAACGAGUUACGAUCGACUCCGAGGCACCUAUCCACGAACCAACCGUGCAACGCAUAUUGUCUGAGAUUGCCGGGUUGCCUGUAGAAACUAUUCAGCCCAACACAAGCAUCUUUAGUAUUGGUUUGGAUUCUCUUUCCGCAAUUCGAAUCGCUUCGCAAUGUCGAGAACAAGGCUUGACAGCCGGUGUUGCCGACAUUCUCCAGGGAAAUACACUUCGCGGUAUUUCCUUGAGGAUUCGGAUUAAUUCUCAGAAACAUGAGGCGUUGCAAAAGCCUCUAGUUACUGACUACACUGACGUUGAGGAGAGCGUUCUCAUCCACCUAGGGAUCACGUCUGAUAGGGUUGAAAAUAUCAUUCCCUGUCUCAGCGGACAAAUGUACCACCUUGCCUCUUGGCUACAAUCUGGCAGGACUCUUUUCGAACCUGCGUGGUCAUAUUCUUGCUCUCAGCGUAUUGAUGAAGAUCGCAUGAAAGACACUUGGUCAGAGCUGCGACAGAGACACCCAAUCCUUCGAACUUGUUACGCUGCCGUGUCUUCGUCAGAGGCACUACAAAUUGUUUUGAAGACUGCUAACCGGGAUGAUGAGACUUUUAAGGUUGUUAAAUACUCAACAAACUUGGUUGAGGCCGCCCAAACCCAAGCGAAAGAAGAAGCCUUACAUCCAUCUUCCAUGGCGACACCGCCAGUCCGAUUACGUUUGUUGAAGGCGAACGAUCGGGAUGGGGUCAUUCUUAUUAUACACCAUGCUUCAUACGACGCUUGGUCAAUGCCCAUUCUCGUGGACGAAUUAGCGGCCAAGUAUCAGGAAAAGACUGUCGAGUCAAAUCCGGACUUUUCAUCCUUUGUCCAGUUUACUGUCAAUUCUCUAAAGGAUGUGGAUGAUACUGAUUACUGGAACUCUGUGGUUGGGAGCAGCACUUCAACUGUGAUUAAACCUUCAUCUACAACUACCACGGAUUCCGAUACAGAAAACCAGCAGCUCUUCGUAGGAGGCUGGGAAAAGGUGCGAAACUUGGAUCAUCUAGAGCGGGUUUGUCGCUCGUCGGGCAUCAGUCUUCAGAGCCUAGUUCUCCUAGCAGUAUCUCGUGUGUUGGGUCGUCUGACGCAGACUCCAUCUCCAACUUUUGGUUUAUAUCAAACCGGUCGCUCAGCAGCUUUCUCUGGAAUCGAGAGGCUGACAGGACCAUGCUUGAAUGUCACGCCAUUCACUGCGAGAGAUAUUUUGGAGGAUGAUAAUCUUGCCAGCACCCUUGAGAAAGCUCGCUCCAUCCAGGCAGACCUUGCCCAUCGGGUCUCUUAUGAGCAAAGCUCGCUUCGUGAGAUUCUUAACCUUUGGAGCAGUAGAAACGGCACAGGGUCGUCUCUGUUCAAUGUCUGGGUGAACCUGCUUUGGACACAGCAGCAUACAUCAAGUGAAACAGCUUCUAAUGGCGAGGACAAGAAUUUAUUCGAGCCACUAGCUAUUGGAGUUCCAACAGAUUUCAUGCCGCAAUCGCGGUUUGCAAGACCAGAUGCUUCAGAGACAUCUGUCGCCGGACUGGAUACGUCUUACCUUCCGAAAGAAAACAUUUUUAUUGACAUUGGGCCGGAUUCGCGCACAAAUACUAUUGGUUUUGGGGUUCGUGUUGAAGGGGGGUUGAUGGAGGAAUCAGAGGCGGAAAGGUUGAUAACGGAUGUUGGUGAGGAAAUUGAGAAGCUUGUCAAUGUUCUUGGUUAA